AUGAUGGUUCUUGAAGAAAGUGGAAAACAAUUAAAAGAAAGUAUGAAAUUCGUAUGGGAAUUGUCCGAACCCGUCACGGCGGGGGAGGUCCUCACCGUCUACCUGGUGACGCGGCGAUUCACAAAGCGUCAGAAGCUUGGUGUUUACCGCCUCGGCCUGGAUGUAGUGGUAGCAGAUGGCCAGAUGUCCGUGAUUGAUACUCUGCUUACUGAACGGAACCAACCUGCAGCGGCAUGUAUCGAAAUGGACGUAAUCUACACACCACCGGAUACGACGAUACGUACCCAUGAACAUGAAAUCAACCCACGUGUUGUCGAAUUACCACCGCGGCAUAGUUCUUCAAGGGGAUCCUCACAGAAUAAUAUACCACCUGCUAUCCCGGGCCCCUCCUCACAGAGUUCCGCGCCACAAUCUGACGGCGACGAUGAUAAUACUCUAGAAAGUCUCCAGAAAAACAUAGAAAUUCUGGAGACAUCUUUCAAAAUGAAAAAGGAAGAUGUCGCCAAAAUCUCUGUAGAUCUGAGAGAGUCGCGUACGCGCAGACUGAAAAGGGCCGGGAAACGUAUUUUAAGGAUUCGUGCUAUGAUAGAAGAUACAUCUGAAAAAGCGGCCCUUAAGUCUGAAGACUUUCAAGUCUGCAUCACGAUAAUUGAGGCUAGGCAGUUGGCUGGCCUGAACAUGGACCCGAUGGUUAUGAUUAAAGUCGGCGAAAUGACCAAAUUCACAAGCGUUAAGGAGAGCACAAACUGUCCAUAUUACAACGAAUACUUCGUAUUCGACCAUCACAUGCCACCGUUAGUUCUGCUGGACACGAUCAUAGUUAUAACGGUGAAGCAACCAAGUCGUCUCUGGCGUUCCGAAAAAAUACUCGGAUCGUUUAAAUUGGAUGUAGCGACAGUGUGGAAUCAACCAGAUCGUCAAUUCUAUCAUAGGUGGGCAUUACUUACUGACCCCGAAGAUAUGGCCGCUGGUGCGAAGGGCUACGUCAAGUGUGACAUCACCGUCAUCGCAAAAGGUGACCCGAUCAAGAUACCGCCAAAGAGUGAUAGAGACGAUGACGACAUAGAAGGAAACCUAUUGCUCCCGGACGGUGUACCUCACGAGCGUCAGCGUGCUCGCUUCAUUAUACAGAUUUACAAGGCAGAGGGCCUUCCUAAUAUGAACUUUUCUGUCAUGGCAAAUGUUAAGAAAGCGCUUACUGGAGAAAAGCAAAAUCUCGUGGAUCCUUAUGUUAACGUUUCCUUCGCUGGCAUGAUUGGAUACACAUCGGUGAAGAAAAAUACUUACAACCCAGUGUGGAAUGAACAAAUAAUAUUCACGGAGAUGUUUCCACCGCUGUGCCAUCGCAUCAAAUUACAAAUCAAAGACAACCGCGCAGUACGUCCGAGUGUUAUCGGUACCCAUUUUCUCGACCUAAGAACCAUUUCCAACGACGCAGAUGGAGGUUUUUUACCAACAUUCGGACCAUCCUACGUAUAUAUGUACGGAUCUACUCGUGAUUAUAGUCUAAUUGAUCAACAUUCUGAUCUCAAUUCGGGAAUAGGAGAAGGCGUUGCAUACCGAGCUAGACUUCUCAUCUCAGUUCGUACUGAGAUCAUCGACAGUUUCGAUUUUUCAUCGUCAAAUGUCGUAAUCGAACCUAUUAUACCAAUUCAUGAAGCUUCUUACGAGAAAAACGAGCAAUUUUUCUUAUUUGCAUGCAUCUACGAUGUGAACAUGAUUGACAAGAGUAUUGUCGACAAGCCAAUUCAAUUUGAGUUGAGCAUCGGUAACGCUGGAAACAAUAGAGAUGGCCGUAACCAGUCCUUAAAGAGACCUCAAGACUUGGAUCACAUCAACCUAGAUGAAACAAGUUCAGACACGGGCUACUGGCAGAGUAUGACGCAUCCUGUCAAAGCCACCACUUGUGGCGACAAGCACUAUUAUUAUCUACCGUAUUGGGACACCAAGCCAUGUAUGCAAGUCCGCAGUAUUUGGCCUGACCAUCGCCGGCGCCUGUACAACUCCAACCUAAUUGCAUACAUCAUUGACCUCUUUGAUGAGGCGCUCGCCGACGCUUCUGCUGCAUUGGAGACCGACGACGGUCCUGACAACACUUGUUUGGCCGGUUUAAAGUCAGCCUUAGAGGCUGUGAGCGUGGCUUGUGCAAAUUAUGUAAAGCGUAUGAAUAACUCACCGCCACUUGGUAACACUAAGCUUGACCACGAAAGACACAAAUUUUGCACAUCAGAAGUUGAGAAAAUCGGCGUUUCGACUAAAGGUUUAAAGGCGUUAAUAACAAAGAACUCCUUAAAAGAAAGACUUCGUACUGCUUAUUCAUAUUUGAACAGACUGAAGCUUUUAUGUGAAGAUGCGCAACAAGGCAUGCCAGAUAUUUUUCUUUGGAUGGUAAACCAAGGAAACCGACUCGCUUACCAAAGGAUCAAUGCCAGAGAUAUUAUAUUUUCCGAAAGUCAAGAUGAAACUGGACGAAUGUGCGGGAAGAUACAGACAAUGUUUAUGAAGUGGCCUGGAAAGAAAGGAUCUCAUUCAAAUGGUUGGGCGGUACCGGCUAAAAUCAAUGUAUACUUUUGGCUUGGAGUUGUUCAAGACAAAAAACAUUAUGUAGAUGGUCUUCCCCAGGGCUUUACAUAUAAUAAUGAAUUAAAAAAUGCUGAUUUAUUGAGAGUCAAUGCCCCUACUUCAAUAUUUUAUCGUGAGAAGCAUGUUUUUCAAAUGCGUGCCUAUAUUUACCAAGCUAGAUCGCUAAUAGGUUCAGAUUCUUCAGGAUUAUCAGACCCUUUUGCACGAGUAGUCAUUGAAGAAUACAGUGCUACCACGAAAGUUAUAGAUGAAACACUGAGUCCGACUUGGGAUGAACUUCUUGUUUUCGAAGACAUUACAUUAUACAGUACCAUGAAUCAGAUCAAAACAGAUCCCCCUACCGUCGUUGUAGAGAUAUUUGAUCGAGAUCAAGUCGGUAAAUCCGAAUAUAUUGGGCGAACCGUUGCAAGACCACAUGUAAAAGAUUUCAGUGAAAUUUAUGAGAGCCCACAACUUCUACCAAAAUUAGAGUGGUAUGAGAUAACGCGAGGUGAUGACAGGGCUGGGGAACUACUCGCUACUUUUGAACUACUUGAAGUACCACCAAAAGAUUCAGAUUUGAGCUUACCAGAGCUUCCUCGUCCUAAGGAGUGCCCGGAGAAUCAACCUCUUGAAAUACGAUAUCCUGUUCCAAGAGGAAUACGUCCAACUUUGUCAAAAUAUCGAGUUGAAGUUUUAUUUUGGGGUGUACGUGACUUAAAGCGAAUUCAUCUUCUUACAGUAGACAGACCCAGAGUGGACAUUGAAUGUUCUGGGCACAUUAUCUAUUCUACUGUUAUACAAAGUGCAAAACUUAAUCCAAAUUUUACAUCACCUGUGAAGUUCAUAGACGUCGAGCUUCCUGAUCAAGACCUUUAUCGCCCUCCACUGACUAUUCGAGUUGUAGAUUGUCGCAGUUUUGGUAGAGUAACACUCGUCGGAACGCAUAUUAUCAGCUCUAUACAUAAAUACUGCUUCACACCGAUGAGCAGACGCGAAAGAGAGAUUGAAGAACGCAAAAAAUCUAUGAUUCAACUACAUAAUAUUGACUUAGAAGCUAAUUGCAUUAUUCAAGAUGAUGUGUAUACAGUUGAUAAUGAAAGGGAAAACUGCCCUUUACUCUUUCACGGCGGUCGUGUUAUGCCUUACGGAUCCGGAAGACCUGGAGUAGCUAAAAAAGUAUUGAAUCUUGAUAGUGGGCAAAACCGAAAACGUAGUACAGACUCAGUACUAGACGACCAAGAUAGUCACAAAGAUUGGUGGACAAAGUUUUUUGCAUCUUACGAUUUUAUGAUUGAGGAAGAAAAGGAAAACAAGAGACAACGUCAAAGCAACAUUCAAACUCCUCAACUUACAUAUGUUGAUGAAACACGUUCUCCGCGAGACGAAAUUCAGUCUCCACGCUUCGAACGCGCCAAUUGCAGAUCAUCAGCUCCUAAUAGAGCUAAAAGUCUACCUGUUCCAAUCAAAAACAAUGACAUCCCACGUUCAGCCUUAACAAGAAUAAUACCACACGAACUUGAGGCCGUUCCUGAGUACGAAGGAUUCAAAGAAUGGCUUCAGUCUUUUGAACUAUAUCGAGGCAAGAAAACUGGUGAUGAUUCGGAUGAUGAUGCUCGCAUAGUUGGAGUCUUUAAGGGCGCAAUCAAAGUUUACAAGUGGCCUCUAUCGAAGACAACUGUUGAUUGCGCUGUUAUGGGUUUUGACCUAAAUCAAGGAUUUUUCCAAGGGUUGCCGAAAAACGAACCCAUACAUGUCUUAGUACGAGUAUACAUUGUUAAAGCUACUGACCUUCACCCGAUGGAUAUGAACGGAAAGGCUGAUCCGUAUAUUGUGCUACAACUAGGCUCGAAGAAAAUUAAUGAUAAGGAAAACUACGUAUCGAAACAACUAAAUCCAGUGUUCGGCAAAUGCUUUGAAAUAGAGGCUACGAUUCCGCAAGAUUCUACGCUGACUGUACAAGUAUAUGAUUGGGAUUUACUUGGAUCCGAUGAUUUGAUCGGUGAAACCAAAAUUGAUCUUGAAAAUCGCUAUUACAGCCGCCACCGAGCAACUUGUGGCUUGCCCAAAAAAUAUGAUGAGCAAGGAUAUAAUCGGUGGCGCGACGCGAUGAAACCUACACAGAUAUUGACCAAACUUUGCAAAGACGGCAAAAUCGACCCACCAAUAUACGAAUACGGGCGUGUUAAAGUUGGCCGUACAAUAUUUAACAUGCCAUUACAUGAUACUGAGCUGUUCUCUGAUCCUAAUACAAUGCAAGAGCAGAUGGCACUGACAGUGCUCCAUAGGUGGGAAGAAAUCCCUCGCAUUGGAACUAAACUAGUAACUGAACAUGUGGAAACUCGGACUCUUUACAAUCCAAAUAAACCAGGGAUCGAGCAAGGUCGCCUUCAGAUGUGGGUAGAUAUGUUCCCAAUGGACAUGCCACUGCCAGGACCACCAGUGGACAUUUCGCCUCGCAUACCCAAAGCCUAUGAGAUGAGAGUUAUCAUUUGGAAUACCGAUGAUGUAGUCCUUGAAGACGACGCUUUCUUUACAGGGGAAAAAAUGUCUGACAUUUACGUAAAGGGGUGGCUUAAGGGACCUGAAGAUUGCCAGAGCACAGAUACACACUAUCGCUCUUUGACGGGUGAAGGGAAUUUUAACUGGCGUUUUAUAUAUCGAUUCGAAUAUCUCGAAGCUGAAGAACGUAUACUCAUAACACGCAAGGAAUCUGUCUUUUCGUGGGAUGAAAGUGAAAGCAAGAUACCAGCACGCCUAGAAUUGCAAGUCUGGGAUUCUGAUCAUUUCACGUCUGACGACUUUUUAGGUGCCAUAACUCUUGACCUUAACCGAUUCCCACGCGGAGCUAAAUCUUCCAAGCUGUGUACCCUGGAAAUGCUAAAUAACGAAGGAUUAGUUCCAAUGGUGAACAUUUUCAAACAAAAACGUGUUAAAGGAUGGUGGCCAUUCUAUACCAAAGGCAACAAUGAAGAAAUGGAACUUACUGGCAAAGUCGAAGCAGAGAUACAUCUGCUUACGCGUGAAGAAGCUGAUAAAGCACCAGCAGGAUUAGGACGUAGUGAGCCCGACCCUUUGGAUAAACCUAAUCGCCCGGAUUCUUCGUUCAUGUGGCUCUUUAACCCGUUGAAGUCUCUACGAUACAUCAUGUGGCACAACUAUAAGUGGGAUAUUCUGAUAUACGGAUUUAUUAUCUUGGUGGUCAUCUUAAUUCUAGUAUUUAUCUUCGCAUUCCCUGGAUAUAUAGCCAAGAAAAUCGUCGGAGCUUAA